GUCGCACUAAACUUCAUGGUCUCCGCAGCCGUGAGCGUGAACCAGGAAGCAGGAGGCGAGACGGAGCUGAAGGGGAAGUUCUGUACCGCAAAUGGCGCCUUCACGCAGUGGUUUAUCGUGCAGAGUGAUUAUUGGGUACUCGUGAUCGCGUUGUGUACGUAUGCGGUAUUUCGGCCACCUGGACCGACUUCGCUGUUACGGCGGGCACUGCCGUAUCUUCUACACUUGCCGUAUACCCUUUCUUUACUGCAAUCUAUCCUCGGCGCGACCCUUGUCGGCUAUGUCGACGUUGGCUCUUGGUGUUGGUUUGGAAGCGACAAAAUACGGUUCCUGUGGAACUAUACACAGAGGAUCUCGAUCGGUCUCGUUAUUACUGCGAUAUAUGUCAAGUUGUGGACUGUGCUGCGGAGGGGUGGGUGUGAUUUUGGAGACGAGGAGGUGGGGGUAGAAGAAAGAGUAAUAGGAGAGACGGAAAUCAGUUCGCCGCCCUCACUCACACCAUCUCGCACGCCGCUCACCUCCUCUACCUGCCCCGACUCCAAUCUCAUCACCCCAAGCGCCAACUGCUCCACAUCACAACCCCGCCGCACCCUAACCUCCCACCAAGACUUCCGCAUGCUCCUCUACCCCGUAGCCUACCUCACAAUCUGGAUCCUCCCUACCGCUUGCCGAAUCUACGCCUGGUCUCACGGGCACCACGUCGGGUACGGCUGGGGCGUGGCUGAGAAGAGUAUGAUUUGUUUGAGUGGGGCGAUUAAUUCUGUGGUGUAUUGGAUGAAUGGGAGAGUUGUUGGGGCUUGGGUUGGGUGGGUG